AUUGAGAAGAGGCUAUGUUUCUUGCUGUUGUUUUUCUUUAUAUUAUAUUUUUUACGUGAUAAUAUCAUACAGUGCAUAUGAAAUUAAUUUUAAUACGCUAAAAUAAGUGUAUCGUAUUGUUUGAUCAAAUAAUAAUAUAUUUGUACACAUUCUUGAUACUUGAGGAAUAAAUUCAAACAAAUUUAUUUAAAGUUUCUUUGUUCUGCUACGUAAUAUAUUAAGAAGAUGACGUUAAAGUUAGCUUUAACCUUGCUAUUGUUUUUUGUACAAUGUUUAGCUUUUAAACCCGUGGUUUUAAUUCAUGGAAUAAUGACGGGAAGCGGGAGCAUGGAGAUUAUUUCGAGAAGGAUACAGGAGAAACAUCCUGGCACAAAGGUAUACAACGUUAAUAGGUUUGAGAGCUGGUCGAGUUUGGAAACCAUGUGGCAUCAAGUCCUAGAAAUAGGAAAAGAUGUUGCAAACAUAUCUAGUCAAUAUCCUGAUGGUAUUAAUGUUAUUGGUUACUCCCAGGGUGGGCUGGUAGCUCGCGGUAUAAUUCAGACUUUUCCUAAUGUGACUGUUGACACUUUUAUAUCGCUGAGUUCACCGCAGGCUGGACAAUAUGGAGCCGGCUUUUUACACAUUGUCUUUCCCGGAUUAGUGAAAGAUUCGGCAUAUGAGUUGUUUUAUUCGCGGGUCGGCCAACACACCUCAGUGGGUAACUAUUGGAGGGAUCCAUAUCAUCAACCCUUAUAUGAAAAGUAUAGCGUCUAUCUACCCUACAUAAAUAAUCAUAUCGCUUCAGAAAAAUCAGACGAAUUCAAAUCAAACUUACUUCGCUUGAAGAGGUUGGUCCUCAUUGGAGGACCCGACGAUCAAGUGAUCACACCUUGGCAGAGUAGCCAAUUCGGCUAUUACAACGCGAACGAAACGGUCAUAGAGAUGCGCGGUCAAGACAUAUACACGUCGGAUCGCAUUGGGCUGCGAGCGUUGGACAGGAGCGGACGUCUCCACGUGGUCACAGUACCCGGCGUCAAUCACUUCAAUUGGCACAUGAACGUGAGCAUUGUGGACGAUUAUCUAUUGCCAUAUUUGGAUUGAAUAGAUUCUUAGUAGUGAUUUUAGUAGGUAAGGGCCGGUGCCAUGCGUUUGGACGGUAUCUGAUAGCCUGUAUGAUAAUUUGUAACGGCUAUGCUGAAUAGAAUGGUGAAAGUAGAAGAUGUGAAACCGGCCGUGAUUCUCAAACAAUACUCAAUUUUGCAGUUUUUACUGAUCAUUUACCAGACUUUUGACUGUUUAUAUGUAAGGUUCAAAUAGAUAAUGCCAUGUGCCGUGUGCCAUAGAUAAUGAUGCUGUUUUAAUUACUGUGAUAAAUAAAAAAAUAAACACAUUUUGUGUUUAGCAACACUUUUCACUGGUUUAUUUUUUAGCACUUCUAAAACAUUAGAAAUUCUGACAAAUUUUGCCAAAAUUUUUUUUUGUUCGACGUAGCAACUUAUAUUAUAUUGAAUAAUAUUCUCAAAUGACACUCAAGAAUUGUGAAAAUGAAAAUUUUUUUUUAUCCAAUCGUGUAUUUUUACUUAUGGGCGACGAUAGGUACGCAUGUCUGCGUGCGGUCCUGUGUACCGAUAGAGCCGGCCAUUGUUUCUAUAAAUGUGUGCGUGCAUCAAUUUAGCUCUUGUGCUCCCUUUAAACCAAAAAACUUAAUUGUGUACUGUUUGAGAAUUGCAACAAUAGUUCAAUUGUGCGUAUGUAGUUUUCAUUUGUGUCAUUUUGUCAUUUUGUAUAUUAGUAAUAUAGUGAUUUGAUUAUGUAAUAUGAUAUUUAUAUUAAGAACAAUAGACACUAUUCACUUUAGUGAUGUUUGUCUUUAUUGUAUCGUAAGUAAUUAAUUUAUUUUUGUAUGACUUAAUUAUGAACUCAAUCUGUAGUAUAAGCAUUUAUUACUAAAAUGAACAAUGUAUUGCAUUAAAUAUAAAAUACAAUAAACACAAGUUAGUGAGAGUUUCGCCAAAUUUUAAACUAAUCUUAUGUAAUUUCAAUUGAAUCUCAAAUCUUAAUGCAUAUUGGCAUUUAUCCAUAUUUAAAAUUUGGUAUUAACUUAGAAUAUGGAAAUAAUACAGGUUGUUUUUAAUGUAAUUGUUUUACAACAAUUUAUAAUAAUUAUUCUGUAAUUAUAGGAUAAGUAUUUCAAUGCUCAGUAGGAAAUCUCAGUGACGGCUUUUUAGUAUUUAAAUCAAUAAUAAAGGAGUAAAUGAAUGCCUCAAUAUAAUUUAUAGAAUUUUUAAACUAUGAUAUUUUGUUUAUGUAACCUUACUUUA